AUGGCUGUACACAUCGACAAGAAUCGGCUUAAUGUUGAUCUUCGUUAUCGAUUCGAUUAUAUAUCAAAAUGUAUUGAUUUUACUUCUUUAGACAUACAUCUAUUGAAUACAUUAACUCCAAUUAUAAUUCCACUUCUUCCAGAUAUUGUUGAAAAAGUCUAUAAAAAAUUAUAUUCAUCUGAUAUCACACAAAAUUAUUUCCUUUUACCAAAUGAUGGUUUCGAACAGUUUUCUCCAAAUAAAGAAUUUGGUACUACAUUAAUAUCUGUACAAGUUGAUUAUCGAAAAGAUAUGUUAAGUGUAUAUUUAAGACAUGUAUUAGCUGAACAAGAAUGGAAUGAUACAUUUUUACAGUAUUUAUCACGUGUUGGAGAAAUUCAUACAAACAAAGGUGGAGCGAUAUCAAUUAAUGUUGAUUAUAUACAUAUAAAUACAUUACUUUCAUUUCUUGAAACUACUUUUAUUGGUAUUAUUUGGGAUACAGAAAAAAUUGAUGAGAAAGAAAAAUUAGAUACAUUACGGGCAAUUAAUAAAUUCUUUUGGAUACAAAAUGAUUUUUUUACAAUGCAUUAUGGUGCAUCAAUUCAAGAAAGACCAGCUUCAAAUGUAUCACCAGUUCAUUUUACUAAAUGUUGCUUUCAUUAA